CGCACCUGCCCUGUCCCGCGCACCUGAGAGUGAGGGCGUGUGGCGGGGAUGCUCCGCGGGAGCUCUCGGGAAGGAACGGAGGAUUGCGGUGCGGUGCCAGCUGCUCGCUCUCCUGUCCACAUCUCUUUGCUUCCCACCACAGUAGUUGUCUUUCCAUUCUCUCCACUGUUCCAUCUGUGUGGCUCUGCCAAUGCCGUCCCUGUACGCCAGGACUUGCCUUCCUCCAGCUCCCUCCUAUCCAGGCUGGGAAGAGAAAACACAGAGGAGAGCAAUAUUCCGUCUUGCCAGUGGCAUCUUUUGCAGCCUCUGUGUUCAGCAGAGGUCUUGCUUUCAUUUUUCUUUGUAAAUGUCCAGCAAUUUGAGAGAGAAUAUUUAUCAAGCAGAAAUUCUUUAUUACAUUUAGGUGGUUCGGUGAAGCCCCCAAGCUCCCCAAUAGGCACUGAACUUAAAGAGCAUGGCAAAUGAAACAGGCUGGGAGGAAAAAGGGGAGGAGGAAGCUUCAUUUCUUAGUGCAGAAACUGGAUGGAACAAUCCUGAGAAGGAAGGAACAGCCACACUCUUUCCUUGACAUUCUGGAGAAGGUCAUGUUCCAUUUCAGCCUGAGACACACAACUGACUCACUCUCCUGGUGUUUCUGAAGAAAAGAAAUCAGUGAUCUGUUCUAACUCUUUCUGUUCUUAGGGAAGAACACAUUUUCUGUGGUGCUCUUACCUCUUUGAGUUUCUGCAGUGACCAGCAGUGAAGGGAAAAUAUUAGAUCAUGUCGGAGUUCUGGCUAAUUUCUGCCCCAGGAGACAAAACGAAUCUGCCGGCGUGGGAGAGAAUGAACACUGUGACAUCUAAAUCCAACCUGUCCAGCAACAGUAAAUUCCAUAUUCCAGACUUAAAGGUUGGGACACUGGAUGCUCUUGUUGGUCUGUCAGAUGAGUUGGGAAAACUUGAUAGCUUUGCUGAAAGCGUAAUAAAGAAAAUAGCCCAGUACAUAGGAGAAGUUAUGGAGGACUCAAAAGAUAAAGUCCAGGAAAAUCUUCUGGCCAAUGGAGUUGACCUAAUUAGCUACUUGACACGGUUUGAGUGGGACAUGGCCAAAUAUCCCAUAAAGCAGCCGCUGAAGAAUAUAUCAGAAGCAUUAGCAAAGCAAGUGACGCAAAUAGAAGCAGACCUAAAAACCCGAUCUGCUGCGUACAACAACAUUAAAGGAAAUCUGCAAAGCCUGGAGAAGAAAACGAUGUCAAGCUACCUACAGUGGCAGAAAACCUAUGAAUCACUCUCAGAUAUGGUAGUACCUCGCUCCACCAAAAUGAUUGCUGAGGAUGCAGAGGGAGGACUCUUCACUGUGACCCUAUUUAGAAAAGUGAUGGAUGACUUUAAGGCUAAAGCCAGGGAGAACAGGUUCAUGGUUCGAGAAUUUUAUUAUGAUGAGAAGGAACUGAAAUGUGAAAAGGAAGAGCUGAUGAAACUAGCCUCUGACAAGAAACAACAAUAUGGCCCCUUACUGCGCUGGCUGAAGGUGAACUUCAGUGAAGCAUUUGUGGCUUGGAUUCAUGUGAAAGCCUUGAGAGUUUUUGUUGAAUCUGUCCUGAGGUAUGGCCUACCUGUGAAUUUCCAAGCAAUGCUGCUGCAGCCAAAUAGGAAAUCUGUGAAGCGCCUGAGAGAUGUCCUGAACCUGGUCUUCAAACACCUGGAUGAAGUUGCAGCAGCAAGUAUAAUGGAUCCUGGUAUGGACAUCCCUGGGUUACAACUGAGCAAUCAAGAAUACUAUCCUUAUGUCUAUUUCAAGAUUGACCUCAGUCUUCUUGACUGCAGUUAAAGAAGAAUUGCUCAAGCUUCAUCUGUUAAUUUUCAAGACUCUCAUGUUACCGUAAAACAAUCUUUAGCUGCUGAAAAUCAAAUGAAAAUGCAGAUGCUGUAGCAGGAUGGUCUUCCUACCACUUCUUGUAAUUUUUACAGUGACUACAAUAUAAGUUAUCUCUUAUUAAUAGUUUUACAAAAAUGUAUUCCAGAGGCAGAGGUACUAUG